CUCUUUUGCACUUCCUAGUUUCCCGGAGUUGUUUUGAGAGAAACCAAACUGCAAAAUCAUCGUCUACGCGCAGAUUUUACAGCUCUUACAUAAAUGACUCAGAAGGCUUCUUCCUGUUUGUUUCAUACCUCGAGUAGGUGGGGAAAGGAUCACACCUGUCCUCUUCGGUAGUUAGUGGGACCUGCUGAAAACUCACCUCCGGACAGGUUGGAGCACUUGGCUAAGGGCUAACAAACGGCUCAUCCAGAAUACAAUGUAGCGCUAUAAACAUCUGUGGGGAGAAAUAAGUGCCACAGAAAAUGCACUUCCAGAAGCUCCUCUUGGAUAUAGGGAAGGCCCUCAGUGGGGAUGAGGUAAAAGCUUUAGCAUUCCUUUGCACCGACGUCCUGGGCCGAAACCCGAGCUGGGUGGGGUCGGCCAGCGAGCUGUUCUCUCGUCUGGGGGAUCUGGGCCUCCUCUCCGAGGAGCGACCAAACCUGCUGACCGAGCUCCUACUCAUCAUCCAACGCAUCCGACUGACACGCGACGUCGACCUCCCGGCCGAACCCUCGAGGCACAUCUCACACUACAGGAAGAUGCUUUACAACCUGUCUGAGGAGCUUACUGAUGCUGACUUGAAAGAUGUCAAGUUCUUGUUACACGACUAUCUCCCACGUAAAAAACUGGAAGAACAUGUUUCUACACUGGAAAUCUGGCUUGAGAUGGAGCACAAAGACCUCAUGCACGAAAACAACCUGGAGUUACUGGAGACCAUCAUUUCCAAAGUGUGUCCCAUGUUGACAGGCAAAAUCUACCAGUUUAAAGCAGAAACUCCCACCAUUCCCGCAACUCAAGAAUCCGGUCGAAGGUGGUCUCUGUCGCCCCUUAAUGCACCAAACCAGGUCCCUCAAUCUUCACGUGCAGAGAGGUCCGGCUCGUUUGAAAUGCAAGAUUCACCAAGUGUGUUUAAUGGCGGAGACGCCUGUGCGCCCCUCUCUCUCAGACUGAGUGAUCGUUUGAAGAUAGAGGUUGCGGAAGCCAUGCCGUCCCAAAACAACCAGGCCUCCCCUGAACCACAGACCUCCCAGACGACAGACACAACCACUGAGGUUUUGGAAACGUAUCCCAUGACUGCAGCAAGGAGGGGGAUCUGCUUGAUAGUAAACAACUUAAACUUCACUAAACCCGGGAAUAGUCUCUCAAAGCGGGACGGGACCCUGGUUGACGAAGAGCAUCUGCACAAAGUGUUCUCGUGGCUCGGCUUUGAGGUGGAGGUAAUGAGCGACUGCGAGGCCCAGGAGAUGCUGACGGCGUUGCGGGAGCUCGCCAGCAGAGACCACGGCCCCCUGGACUGUCUGGUGUGCUGCGUCCUCAGCCACGGCAAGGAGGGGAGCGUCCACGGCGCGGACGGCCUCGCCGUGGACAUCAAGGAGCUGAAGGAGCCUUUCGUGGGGUCAAAGUGCGCCUCGUUGGCAGGAAAACCCAAGCUGUUUUUCAUCCAGGCCUGCCAGGGCAGCGGCGAGCAGAGGGCGGUCCACGUUUAUGCCGACGGGCCCGAACGCGGCGCCGUUUGCAGCGACGCUUCUAAACCUGGCGAUUCCAUCCCGUCCGAAGCAGACUUUCUGCUCGCAAUGGCCACGGUUCCUUCGUUUGUCGCUUACAGACACAGGACGGAAGGCACGUGGUUUAUUGAGUCGUUGUGCCGAAACCUCGUCCAGAUGGUGCCAAAAGGUUGUGACCUUGUGUCUAUCAUGACAAGUAAGAAGACCGAUGAAACCGGUGUAAAAAAGCAGAUGCCUCAGCCAGCCUUCUCUCUCAGGAAGAAAGUGGUCUUUCCGAUCCCCAAAGCCCCCCCGCCGAGCCUGCCGCACUGAUGACAAACACCUGCUGCCUGCUGGCAGAUGAUCCCUAAGACACAACGGCCUUGUGACCUUCCAUUACUUUUUACAAUUGCAUUUUGUCAGGAGGCAAUUUUUAAAUAGUUUAAACUAGCCAUAUCUUCAUACAAUCACCUUGCUGAUGCCUCUCGAGGUGUGGCUGACAGAUCUGAGGACCACUCCCUCUAUUUACAGUUUUUAUGUUGGACUUCAAUGAACUGUUUGAGUUCAUCAUUCAGAUUGAUCCAGGUGUAAGUGCAACAAAAAACAUCCCAUUCAUCAUAUCUCAUUAGUUUAAAUGUACUUUUAAACAUGAGUAUUAUAUUAUUGUUUACACUGUUAAAAAUGUAAUUGUCACACAUUAGAAACACAAAGUGAAAUACAGCACUUUUCUAUCAAUGAUGCAAUAGAUUUUAUAAACACUGACAUUGUCAAACUAUUUUGUCAUUUUGCCUUGGUUUGAUUGUGAAUGUCUUCUUCCCUGCAGCUCCUCUAGUAGCUGUUCCUCAAACAAAAUAAAACAUAUUUUCUGGCUAA